AAAACUGAUACAUGUCUUUAAAAAAGACACAAAGCCAAAUAAUUGCUAUAAAACAAACAGUUUUCCCUGCUCAACACUUAGAUUUGACUCAGAUUUCAGUAUAUAUAUUUAAAUACAUGCUUGUGAGGAUUAUAAAAGUCUAAAAAAAUUCCAGUUAUUAAAACCAUGAAUAUUGACCCUGUUCUGAAAAGGAUAACACACUUCCUUCAGUGAAUCAAGAAACUGCUUCAGGUAUUUGUGUGUUUUUACAAUCAGUUUCUACAAUUUAUCUGAAAUUUAUGAGGAGUAUUGUGUGUCAGGUGUAGAUCAGUUUCCUGCAGAGCUAUUUGACACCCAUGAAAGAGCAGCUUUCUGUCCAGAGCGAGUCAGGUGACCAAGCUGGCCGGACACUGUCAAGCACCGAGACCCCAUCCAACCUCCAGUGUGCAAGCACAGGAGCCAAGAUGACUUUCAUCGCCAAGACGUUCUACGACCUGAAGGCCACCAAGCUGGAGGGCGACUCGGUGGACUUCAACGUGUUCCGGGGACGGGUGGUGCUCAUCGAGAACGUGGCCUCGCUCUGAGGCACCACCACCCGGGACUUCAGCGAGCUCAACCAACUUCAGAGCAAGUACCCCCAUCGGCUGGUGGUCCUGGGUUUCCCCUGUAACCAGUUUGGAUAUCAGGAGAACUGCUCCAACGGUGAGAUCCUGAGCUCCCUGCAGCAUGUGCGUCCAGGCGGCGGCUUUCAGGCCAGCUUCACCAUGUUUGAGAAGUGUGACGUCAACGGAACAAACACGCAUCCCGUGUUUGCCUAUCUGAAAGACAAGCUCCCCUACCCCGACGACGACCCCAACUCCUUCAUGCAGGACCCCAAGUUUCUGGUUUGGAGUCCUGUCUGCAGGACGGACGUGUCUUGGAACUUUGAGAAAUUCCUCAUCGGGCCUGAAGGAGAGCCCUUUAAGAGAUACAGCAAAAUGUUCCCCACCAUUGACAUCGAGCCCGACAUUCAGAGAUUGUUAAGAUUAACCAAGAACUAAGAAUAGCCCCCACCUCAUAAUGGCUUCUCAUUUAUCAAAGUCUAUGCUGAUGUGCUGUCCUCCACACUUUUAAGUCUUAUUAAAUGAUGGUAAUAUUCUGAAACGCUGAGAGAAUAUUAUCUGAGGCCUUGUAAGUGCUUAACAGUAGUGGAUGGAUAUUUUCAGUAUAUUUUUUAAAACACUUUUGAGCAUGUUUUGUCAUGUAAAGAAAAUGAUGCUGUAGAGUUGCAGGUUUAAACAAGUAUGGGGAUAAAAACAUGAAUCACUGGAAGAGCAUUAUGUAUUUCCUU